GGGGGACCUGAUCGGAACCAGUUCAAUGACCACCUAACAGAAGUUUAAACAGGUUGAUAGAAUAAAAAUAUCAACCAUGUUGACCGGGCUUCUCUGCCUUCUGUUUGUGGGCCUUCAGAGCGGUUCUGGUGAAGCAGAGCUGAUUCCUCCCAGCAACCUCAACAUGAUCACCUUGAACACCAACUACACUCUGGUCUGGGACUGGGACUGGGAAUGGGACUGGGACCAGAGCUCUGCUGGAGCAGACCAGGUCACCUUCACUGUACAAUAUAUCGGGAUCCACCAGCUGAGGCGGAGGAACCCGAGGUGGAACCUGGCGUGUUCAGAGACAUCUGAAAGGUCAUGUGACCUCACUGAGCUUCAGAUCCUCUACCUGGGCAUUUAUGUGCUCCGCGUUCGCGCCAACAUGGAUGGACGCCACUCUGAUUGGAGCCAAAAACAGUUCUGUCCUGAUAAAGAAGCUGUUCUUGGACCUCCCUCUAAAGUGCGGCUGGUUCUUGAUGUUAGCUCUCUGGAUGUUUCCAUCACGGACCCUCAGACCAGCACCAACACCUCCAUGAGGGAGUAUAUUCCUAAACUGGACUUCAACAUUGUUUACUGGGAACAGGCUGAAAAUGGGAAGGUUUUGGAUCUGAGGGCGUUAAAAUUGCCGAACAACCUGGUGAACCUGCCCAACCUCAAAGAAUGGACGCUGUACUGCGUGCAGGUCCAGUCGCUCUACGAUUUCUACAACAAGAGCAGCAGCUACACCCAGCCUCUCUGCAUCCGCACCGAAGGAGUCACUCCUUGGUGGAAAAUCUCCCUCUACUUCCUGGGCUCUCUGCUGGUGGCCUUCCUGCUGGUCAUGGCUGCCCUCUACGGAAGCCAUCUGUGCGUUCAGAUCUGCAAAGCCACGCUGUUCCCCGGCGAGAAGCUGCCCUCUCACUUCAAACAGGAGUCCGACUUCCCGCGCCUCAUUGUCUCCGAGUCUGAACUGGACCUGUGCGAUCCUGUGAUCGUCUCCGCAGAGUCUGCGCGCCUGGAGAUCAAAGUGGAUCCGGCUGUCGACUCUAUGGUGCCCCCAGCUGGACUGGAGCAGGACAGCAGCGGCAGACACAGCCGUCAGAACAGCAGCAGCAGCGGCGAUUCAGGCAUUUAUUCUGCCGGAGGAAACUCCAGCGGCUUGCAUCCCAACAUGACCUCAUCCUCCCAGAAUGCUCAGCGAAGCUUUGACUCGGAGAAGCGCAAGAUGUCGGACAUGAACCUCGAGUUUAAAGGCUUCCCCGUCGUCCCAGAUGAGGGAGUCGUAGACGUGGAGGUCUAAAGGAAAGGGGGCGCUGUUGGCCGUGUUCCACAUGAGACCAAAUAAUGAGCGUCUGAACUGGAAACCCCUGAUUGGUUGGAGGCUUCCGAGCGUCCUCACUGGGAACCAAUCACCGCCUGAUAGGAAGGACUGCUGAUGCUGCUGCCUCUAUCCUCAUCCAUGCUGUGAUUCCUGUGGGAACCUUUUAUUGUCACGUUGUGUAUAAAGUCACUGUCUGUAUCCUGCAGCACUUAAUGAGCAUUAAUUAUGAAUGUUGAUUGAUCAAUGAAGGGAUUUUUGUGAAUAGGAUUUUAAAAAAAGAACAACUGGGCUAAAUUGGUGUUUCAAACUAGCUGAAGGCAAACAUUUUACUGACCUGUAAUCUGACUGUACAUAUGAGCUGCUUCUGGCAUUUAAUAAACCAAUCCUUGUGUGUGAC